AUGGCGCGAGCUAAUUCCUCUCCGGUGCUUAACAAUAAUCUCUUCACCUUGAACUCCAAAGACUCUAACUCUCUCUUUUUCAGCCAUAAUAAAUCCCUUUCUGCUUUAUCUUCUUCGAUUUUUUCAUCACCGACUAAGUUGCAUUUACACUCACAGCCGUCGCAUUCAUGUAUUCGCAUCACGCGCGUUUCGACGGCACCAGUAGAGUACGCACCACCGGCACCGGAGUUUAAUUUUCAAAAAGAAAUUGCCAGACUCAAGUCUUUGAAAUCGAAACUUGAUGAUUGCAAAACAUUGAAGGAGAAAAUGAAUGUGAUGGAAUCGGAUUCUCGGGUUAAGUCAUUUUUUGGUUCUAGGAGGAAUCGUUUUGCGAGGGUCGUGGAAGGGGAGAAUUUGAAUGAGAAUGAGUUUUACUUGCUUAAUUGUGUGGUGGCUGCGGGACAAGGACAUGUGUUGGGCGAGUUUGGGAGCAAGUUAGAGAGUGCUGAGUUUGACUCGGCAAGGAAUUCAGUUAAAAGCACUCUGUAUGCGUUGGCGGAAAUGAUUGAGACGUGGGAUGUGAACGAUGAGGGUAAACGUGAGGAAUUGAAAGGGAAAGAAACAAGAGCAUUAAAGUCAUUGUUGAAGACUCUUGGAGAGGUUGAACAGUUUUAUGAUUGCAUUGGAGGAAUCAUUGGAUAUCAGAUAACGGUGUUAGAGCUGCUUUUUCAAUCAACUUCUGAAGGACAAACCAUUAAUUGGUUCGAGCAAAACUCAUUGAAGCGUCAGUUUAUAGAAAUUCAUCCUCCCAAUGUACUUGAUCUUUCUGAAGAUGUUGAAUAUGCAACUCAAGCUGCUCUUUGGGGAAUUGAGGGUUUGCCCGACCUAGGAGAAAUUUAUCCUCUAGGAGGCUCGGCAGACAGGCUUGGCUUGGUAGACCCUGAGACAGGGGAAUGUCUUCCUGCAGCUAUGCUUCCUUAUUGUGGACGAACUUUAUUGGAAGGUCUUAUAAGAGAUCUUCAGGCUAGAGAGUUCCUGUAUUUCAAGUUGUAUGGGAAACAAUGCAUCACUCCCGUUGCCAUUAUGACAAGUUCCGCAAAAAACAACCAUUGGCAUAUCACUUCUCUUUGUGAAAGGCUCAAAUGGUUUGGAAGAGGAAGAUCUAGAUUCCAACUUUUUGAACAGCCCCUUGUUCCAGCUGUUAGUGCAGAAGAUGGCGACUGGGUGGUGACUAGACCAUAUGUACCAUUAUGCAAGCCUGGGGGUCACGGCGUGAUAUGGAAACUAGCCUAUGAUAAAGGUGUUUUCAAAUGGUUCCACCAUCACAGAAGAAAAGGUGCAACUGUUAGACAAGUCAGUAAUGUUGUGGCUGCUACAGAUAUGACUCUCUUGGCUUUGGCUGGGAUUGGUUUGCGCCAUAGAAAGAAAUUGGGCUUUGCCUCAUGUCAACGGAAUCCGGGGGCUACAGAGGGCAUAAAUGUUCUACUCGAGAAGAAGAAUCUUGAUGGAAAAUGGGCAUAUGGUCUGUCCUGCAUUGAAUACACCGAAUUUGAUAAGUUUGGGAUCACUGUUGGACCCCCUUCUCCUAACAGUUUGCAGGCGGAGUUCCCUGCCAACACAAAUAUCCUUUACGUGGAUUUACCUUCUGCAGAGCUUAUUGGAUCGAGUAAAGAUGCAAGUAGUUUACCGGGAAUGGUGCUCAAUGUAAAAAAGCCAAUUACAUUUGUGGACGAAUUAGGGAUGAAACACAGUAUCUCUGGUGGUCGCUUGGAGUGCACAAUGCAAAACAUUGCUGAUAAUUUUACUAAUAUGUAUCCAUCUCGACUUCAUAAGGAUGUGGAAGAUGAGCUUGAUACCUUUAUUGUGUAUAAUGAACGAAGAAAGGUCACUUCUUCUGCUAAGAAGAAAAGGAAACAUGCUGAUAAGUCUUUUCACCAGACUCCAGAUGGUUCGUUGUUGGAUAUCAUGCGUAAUGCCUACGAUCUACUAUCCCAUUGUGGAAUAAAAAUGCCAAAGGUUGAAGGUAAUGGAAAAUAUGUUAAUUCUGGACCCCCAUAUCUCAUCCUCCUCCAUCCUGCUCUAGGACCUCUUUGGGAAGUCACCAGACAAAAGUUUCAAGGAGGUUCCAUUUCCACGGGUUCUGAGUUACAGAUAGAGAUUUCUGAGUUUUUAUGGAGUGAUGUUCAGCUUGAUGGGAGUUUGAUUGUCUUGGCUGAAAAUGUCAUUGGCUCAACUAUAAUUGAUGAAAGGGGUGAACCUAUAUUACAGUAUGGCAGGAGGUGUGCAAGGUGCAAAUUACAGAAUGUCAGGGUAUUGAAUAAUGGAAUUGAUUGGAAUUCAAGAGAUAAUUUAUAUUGGAAGCAUGAUGUGCAGCGAUUUGAGGCAUUAAAGGUGAUACUGCAUGGCAAUGCCGAAUUUGAGGCUACCAAUGUUGUAAUACAGGGCAAUCAUGUGUUUGAAGUCCCAGAUGGUUACAAAUUGAAGAUUACGGCAGGAAAUUCAGGUUUAGAUGCCCAAAUGAAGCCUAUUGGAAAGGAAUUGAUGGAUUCUGGAACAUGGUUUUGGAACUACGAGAUAAGGGAUCAACAUAUUCAACUAUCAUUGAAUGAGUUGUAG